AUUGCAGAAGACCCGGGAAGAAUUAUAUACCCGAUGCUGGACCAAGCCCAAGAUCUACUUACCUUUGAGGCUAGUCAUCUAGAGCAGGUUGAGGUCAUCGCUCCACCCGUCGCCAUAGGCCGUUUUGAGGGAAAAUAUUUCGCAUACAAGACAAUUGACCGCCCUAUCUAUGAUCCAGGAGACACGGAACAUAUCUUGAACGAAAUUACGGCCCUCACACAAUUUCGGGGACAGCCGAACAUCGCACAACUGAUUGGGGUUGUCAUCUCUGGGUCUCUGGAACGAGUUCUCGCAGAGGAUAGAUAUCAGGAUGAUUCAUUGCUACGACGAUGGGCACUACAGCUUGGGAGAGCAUUGGAAACAUUGCACUCACAGAGACGGACUCAUCUUGACAUCAAACCACCCAAUAUCGUUUUGGACGCGAAUAGGAAUGCCAUCCUUAUCGAUAUCAGCGGAACGGGAGGGUACGGAUGGGAAUGGCUCUCGCCCGAGAUGCAAGAGAUCCUUCAACAAAACGCUGCAACAGCUCCUGCUAGCACGUCACUUGACCACCGCGUUGCGACAGAUUGUUGGGCCUAUGGGAAACUGCUUUACACCAUGGCCAAGAAAGCUGCAACCAGUACUCUCGGCAAAAGGUUACAGGACAUCGGCGAUGACCUCACGAAGGCGGAUCCAAAAGCUCGCAUUUCACUAAGCGAAGCCCUCGGAAGAAUAUCAGGCUGGGAGUAA